GUUGGGUUCGUUUAUUGACAAACUCAUCUGUCAUAUGAUAGUACGUAAUUUAUCGAAAUUAGCUCUUAUUAAUACCAUUCAUUCAUAAAUAAAGUGACAGAAAGUGUUGAUCUACUCAUCGUGACGUCUUAUCUGCUAUGUAAACCAUGUCCAAAGGUGGAGGUUAUCAGAGUUAUGGGGCAGUUACAGAAUACAGAGAUGAUCCAAACUAUCAAGAAUAUUCUGAUGGGCCACGUUUCGAUGAGCUUUUCUCACAGAUAACAAGGAAUAUUUCUAGCAUCAACAAUGGAGCCAAUGUUAUUGAGAAAGCAGCAAGAAUCAUCGGAACAGAUCGGGACAACGGCCAGGCAGGAGAUAAAAUUCACCAUGUUUCCCAAGAGACGAACAGAACUGUGUCAAACACAACCAAAAUCUUAAAACAGUUGGGCUCAAGAAGACUGGACAGGACCCAGAGACUACAGCUGGACAAGGUGACCAGUGACUACCAGGAAAGUCUCCAGAGGUUCCAGACCUUACAAAAGAAAGCUGCAGAGAAAGCAAAGACAGUUGGAAGAAAGGAAAAACCAAAGCCUAAAGUCUCCACCUGGCUGGAUGACGAGGAUGACAAAGCUCAGUUAGUGGUGGAUGACACAAGGCGACAGCAGCUGCUGGCACAGGAACAAGUUAUCGAUGAUGAUCUCGCCCUUAUCGGGGAACGUGAAGACCAAAUACGUGCAUUAGAGGGUGAUAUCCUCGAUGUAAAUGAGAUAUUCCGGGACCUGGGUGCAAUGGUUCAUGAUCAGGGUGAACAGAUAGACACAAUAGAGGCAAACGUGGAGGCAGCUGCCACGCAUGUGGAGGAAGGCGUCGGUCAGCUACACAAGGCAUCUGUAUACCAGAAAAAGUCAAGAAAGAAAUUAUGCUGCUUAGUUGUGGUUUUACUUGUAAUAGCUGGUGUAAUUGCCAUUAUUUUAAUUGUUACAUUAAAGAAGUAGCCAUAUUUACACUGUAUACACUACAUUAGACUGUUCACAGUAAAAAUUUUACUUGCACAAGAUUAACAAAAUGUCUAACUGAACAAUGUUUCAUAUCAUUGGUAUCAUAUAUAGAAGAAUAAUAAAUGUAUUGUCCCAUGUAAGAAAGCGAUGUGUAACUAUCAUACCAACAAAUACUAGUGUUCAUCUUCAUGCCUCCAGCAAUGGGAUUGCCGAAAAGAUGAACAUUUAAUGAUUUAGAAGUUCUCUGACAACCCAAAAUCCAUUGAGCUGAUUACAAAGCCGCCAUAUUUCAAUUAAGUAACAAAAUUGAACACAAAAUUAGUCAUUAAUUGGUUAUUUAUAAGCCCUCGCAUUUAUACUUUCUUAAAUAAAGGCAUUCCAAAGGCAUUUUGCACUGAACACUAAGAAAGAUUGCAUUAAUUUUGGUCGUCAAAAUGAUUAAUCAUUUAGAAUACCAAUAAUAAACACUUGCUAUUAUUGGUGUUACAUAGAGGCAUUUUAGAAAUGUUGAUUUUGAAUAUUGGAUGGUGUAAAGUAAUUGAGAUUUCUAAUUUAUGUUUUAUCAGAUUCCUGUCCAAAAGUAAUGGAUACUUUGUAAUCAGUGUGUUGAAAUGUAUGUGAUGUUUGCAUAUGUCUAAAUUGAAUAUAUAUAUAUAUGUGCUAUUAUGAUUUAAUGGCCUCUAUGUGAUAUUUUUAUUUCCACGCAAAACUGGUACAUUACCAAUUCUUGUAAUUAUUUUAUAUUAAAAUCUGUUCCUUU